AUGACAAUGGAAUACAUAAACUAAACUUGUACUUUAAGCACAAGUUCCAAAAUAACAACAUAAAAUAUUUGUAUAAACGUGGCAAAUUGUUAUUGGUGCUUCAAUACCAAUACAUGUCAAACUUUGUCAAGUUGUGAUGAUCUGAUAUUUAAGGUCAGUGCAGUUUAAUGUGCUGCAUUAGGUUUAUCAUGUGCUGCUUAUGAACAAAGUAAUUGUAUUAAUACUUCAACUAUUUCUUCUACUUGAAGUAUUUAACAACAAUAAAUAAAUUAUUCUUAAUUUAUUAGUAGUUAAAGCUUUUUCGUUUGGAAUAACUCUAAUUAUUCAUGUUCACUAUUAUAAUACUGUAAUUACAUAACUGAUGCUACAAUUUGUGGAAAUUGAAUUUAUGCAUGUGGGAUGCAAAGAUUUCAUUAUCCUAAUAAUUGACCUGCUCAACUAUUUCAAACAAUAAAAGAUGUACCUAUGUCCUGUACUAAUUUUAAUCAACUUAGUACGAAUUGUAUAGAUAGAAAAAUUCAAUAGGACCUUAAGGAGCUUGUGAAAAUGCUUAUUCAGCUUUAUUAUAAACUUCAUAAACCUGUCUUAAUUAUACUAGUAACACUUUUAGAUGGAGGGCCAACGAUAAAUCUGCAGGAAUGUGUGUUUGAUGUGGUACUAUUUAAUUGUAAUUGUAAACAUCAAACUUUUAAGCAAUCACUAAUUAUUCUUCAUUAACAGCAACUAAUUAAUUAGAAUGUAUCAAUAUAAAUGCUUCAUGUAAAGGAAUCAGCUAUGGUAAUUUUUUAUCUUUCCCAGGUGCUAUUCUGUAUACAACUAGUGGUAAUUGUUAUAAUAAUAUCGGUACUGAUGGAGUUUGUUUCUUGAGCACAACUGAAUAAACUACUUAAUCUAUUGGAUUUUCAUAAUGUACUUAAGCCACAAAUGAAACCAUGUGUCUGAGAAAUCAAUUUUCUUAUUCAUGGAAAAAUCUUAAUAAUAUGUGCUCUUAAAUUAAUUGA